CACAGCUGUACUUUGCCCAAUCCUUUGUGCUGCUGGAGCCAUUCGCUGUCGACUACUUCGCAAAAGUUAAUACCAUUACGGAGUAGUAGCUUCCCAUGUUGAAAGCUCUCCAGGCCUAGACCUACCUAUCUACUACCUUUUACUUAGUUAAAACAAACCUGCAGUUACGGAUCCCAACUGGUGAUACUCCCUAUCCCCGCCAUUUCGCUCCCAACCUAAGGUACCUACUUGCAAUACCACAUAACAUCCGUAUUCCUCACGACUCAAGGCCCCAUGUCCUGAAUAGCUUGCAUCUUUCGCUUCUCGUGUCUGGAAACUGCAGCGUAUCAAGAGACAUCCAUGUCUGCCUGGCAAUGAGACGAAUGGCAGAACCUAUCCAUGUUACUGUCGCUCUCUGCUCAAGCUUUAGGGUUUUGUUGACCUUUGCCUCUACCCUUACCCAUGCCCAUGCCCAUGCCGUCACUCUGUAUUGAUUAAGCAGAAAACGCCCCGCAAGUCCCAGCGAGUUACUCUUUCAAGCACCACCUCGAGCUGCAGCAGUACAAGUGCCUAAGUCGAAGAGAGGUACCAUCUGAGACAGUGAUUUUUGGCUGUCAUCUUAGGUUCCUACCCGUCGUUCGCCUAGGUUGGGUCCACCCAAGCUCUCCCAGUCAGGUUCCGCAACAUUAGACUAGGUCCUCGCGCCCAAGCCCCAUUCAGAACAGCUCCUCAGCCCAGCAGAGCUCAGCACCAUCGCAGCAAAGCUCAGUCCAGCCCAGCUCAGCUCAUUUCACUGGACGUCAAGCAUUCCUCCUCUGCCAUCAUAUUCCAUUAUUCUCAAUUAUCGCCCUUGUUGGCAUGCUCUGGGGGCUUUCAGACUUCAUAUUGGCUUGACAAUAUCCGUUCUAAGCCGCAUCGCAAGCCGCAUCCGCGUUACGUCUGUCCGCUCGAGCCGCUUCUCAAUCUACCAGUAACUCUUCGCUCCCGCCACUGCCUUCUGUUGCUGCAGUGCACUCAUCCGUUCGUCGACGCUUUCUGCGAACCUUCGUCAAACUCGAAAAUCCAGAAACAAGAGCCUCAUCAGGUCUACACUGCCCCCUACCAUUGUUCGCCGCAUUUCAAGUUGACUUGCUUCUUGCCUGGCCCUGCCACAGUACCUAGCCGCUGCACCACCACAUACGCCGCCAAAAGCACAGUACUGCAGCGCACCGGAUUGCACUCACAUGAACACAAGCAACCACCCUGCCUCGUGUCAAGUCAAUCUGAUUACGUCUUUCCCUUCUCCAACAAACACCAGAGGCCCUUGUCACUUUGUUCCUUAUUAGUCGAGAAUCUGACGCAUCUCACGAUCGGUCAGUGCUAGCAGCCGUAACUAGAUCUCGAGGUCACCAGCUCCACGAGCCCCAAUUGCGCAUCAUCGUCAUCACUGCCCGUGUCGACUGCAUUACAGACUACCUUACAGUAAGUACAUUUCUUUCACGUGAACAACAUCACCGGCCUUCUAUUCCCCCUUGCACCUAUUCACUUUCCCUUUGCUGUCUCAACAUUCGGUUUGCAACAGCUUUUCGUCGUAUUAUCCUAGACCUCUGGCUGCAUUCUGUCAACGGGCUGUCACGAGUGUGUUCCAUCUAGCCAGCACCCCGCCCCGACCCGCCUUGCGCCAGCCUCCAUGCCCACACUCCCCUAGCACCAAGUACACGCCUGGCUAUCCAUCACUUUGUGCUCAGCGCUUUUUCAAGGUCGACAAAGCAAAGUGCUUGACUUUCAAACUUGCCAGCGUGAAAUGCGAGCUUCAUUCAAUAAAGUCAAUGUGACUGCAGAAGCUCCUUCACCACUUGACCCCGGCAUAAGCCUCAGCAGCCAGUGCAGAAACAGGUGACAACAGAGAGGAGGGAAAAAAAUUCAAUCCAGAACCUACCCAAACAAAUCCAUGCCACCGAAUGCAUGCGUAGGUAGCAUAGCGCAUCCUGCCGCACGCAUGCACGCAUAUUCCUCAUCUCAACCUCUUCGCUCUUCUUCCCACUCUGCUUUGCUCUAAACUUGUCAAUUUGGGCUUGUACCCACGCGCUCAGUCAGCGAAAAGUUGUCUUUGGGAUUGGAAAAGAGAGACCUGACCCAACACGGCCUGUCCGUCCCUCACCUGCGUCGCCACCUAAGGCUCUACCUCUCCAUUAGUACUCGAUCUAUGUUUAGGCCCUGUCCCCCGGCGUCCUUUUUCCCUCGUUACCAACAGCUUUUUAUACCCCGUCUCUUGCCCACUUUCUCGCGCCCACCGUUCCCUUUCCUCCCCUCCCUUCCCCUCUGCCCCGCUCCCCCUCCAGCCUGUCCCGUGCCACCAAAAACACCACCGAUUCUCCCCCUCGGUUUUCUCUUUGUUUCCCCAGAUACCCUUGGCCUUGCCAAUUCUUUGCGCAUCGUCCCUGUCACUGCCUCCAGCUCACAUACGGUCUAUAGUCUAUUCCGACAGCCGGCAGACGUUUUACCAGCCAUAAAUCCACCGGCUACCAAACUUUGAGUGCAGAAUUAACCUCACGAGUCGCCCCUCUGCGCCCGUGCCGAUAACCUGUUCGACCGAGACAUUACUCGUCCAUCGUCACCCAAGUGUCCUGUACUCGUCUCGCGCAAAUACAGACCUUUGCUAAGAAAUCAUCACCGACCAAGCUUCUGCUUGCAAUUCAGCUUCUUUCAAUCAAGUCACCAACAUUGGCCCGCUCUUUUUGCCCACCACGGCUCCCACUACACAAAGCAUUCCUCUCGCAUUGAACCGCCCCGGCGACUUUGCCCACUUUGCCUGCAUUUUUGCUUCGAAUAGGACAUACGCAUCCAAGCAAUGUCGGCUCAUCGGCCAAACGCUUUCAACAGCCUCCGGAUGGGAGAGGUGAUCCGCGAGAAGGUCCAAGAUGGAGUGACUGGAGAAACUCGGGACCUGCAAUACACGCAAUGCAAGAUUGUCGGAAAUGGCUCCUUCGGUGUUGUUUUCCAGACCAAGCUGUCGCCAUCUGGAGAGGAUGCUGCCAUCAAGCGAGUCCUUCAGGACAAGCGAUUCAAGAACCGUGAGCUCCAAAUCAUGCGCAUUGUCCGCCACCCCAACAUUGUUCAGCUGAAAGCUUUCUAUUAUUCCAAUGGUGAACGUAAAGAUGAGGUUUACUUGAACCUCGUCCAAGAGUUCGUGCCCGAGACCGUCUACCGAGCCUCUCGAUUUUUCAACAAGAUGAAGACUACCAUGCCUAUCCUGGAGGUCAAGUUGUACAUCUACCAGUUAUUCAGAGCCUUGGCGUACAUUCACUCUCAGGGCAUCUGUCACCGAGACAUCAAACCUCAGAACCUUCUCCUGGAUCCCAACAGCGGCAUCCUUAAGCUUUGCGAUUUCGGAAGUGCGAAAAUUUUGGUCCCUAAUGAGCCCAACGUUUCGUACAUCUGCUCCCGGUACUACCGUGCACCUGAACUUAUCUUCGGUGCGACAAAUUAUACCACAAAGAUUGAUGUGUGGUCUACUGGCUGUGUGAUGGCUGAACUGAUGCUUGGUCAACCUCUUUUCCCUGGCGAGUCCGGUAUUGAUCAGCUCGUUGAAAUUAUCAAGGUCCUGGGCACUCCUACUCGAGAACAAAUUCGAACCAUGAACCCCAACUACAUGGAGCACAAGUUCCCCCAGAUCAAGCCUCAUCCAUUUAACAAGGUCUUCCGAAAGGCUGAUGCCAAUGCUAUUGACCUCAUCGCCCGCCUCCUUGAGUACACCCCAACCGAGCGACAGUCAGCUAUCGAUGCUAUGGUUCAUCCUUUCUUUGACGAGCUUCGGGACCCCAAUACAAAGCUCCCUGAUUCGCGACACGGCACUGGCCAGCUUCGUGAACUCCCUGCGCUUUUCGAUUUUACACGCCAUGAACUCUCAAUCGCCCCCAGCCUGAACCAAAAGCUUGUUCCAGCACACAUUCGACCCGUGCUAGCAUCUCAAGGCCUUGAUAUCGACCAUUUCACACCCUUGACGGAGCAGGAGAUGAUGGCGAAACUCGAUUGAGCCGGCCUCACGUCGAGGCGAAGGGUAGUUUGCAUUUGCUUACACCCUUCUCAGGCUCUCCGCGGCUGUGGAAGAGUCCUGCCUCGUCCACUCCCAGUACCGAGCUGAGUAAAAGUGGUUGGGAGCAAUGGCCCAGGCUAAGGCCGGGUCAGAUGGCGGGCAGGCGCUACAUGGUCCUGAAGCUAAUAGCGUCGGUCUUUGAUAUAAGGCACGGUGUAUAGGCGUCGAGGGCCAGAUGAGAAGGCACGUGUGUUCUGGCGAGCGUUGGAGUCUUUCCCGGCAGGGAGGGGAUUGGGCGUUGUGCGUGCCCUUUAUAUGAACCCGCUCUCAGUUUUGCCUUAAGGCUAGUCACGACGAGGGAUAACCCCAUUGAUGCAUAUCACAGGGAAUUACGUUUUUAGACCAAGUUUCGAUGCAUGAGGAUGAUCGGUGCACUUUUUUUCAUUGUAUGCGUCUCAAGGGAGGAACCCCAAUUAUUCGGCUAUGGUUGGCUUUGCGAAUGGCGAUGAUGACAUUUGUUGAAUUCUUCUUUUGGUACCACGUUAUGCCUUGGCCAUGGUUGCUCAGAGGGUUCCGAUCCUGGGAUCGGUUGGAGACGCCUGAGUGGUUGAAAAGGUUUGGUCUGGUAUGGCCUGCGGUGAACAUUACCCGGCACCCGAUAUUGUCCUCAGCGCUGCAACGAAUUUAUCAAUUGAAGCUGGCCAUGGACGGCCCUGUGGCAUUUUACUCUCGCUUUCCCGCAGACGUGGAGGAGUUUGGCAUUAUUUGGUCUAGUCGUCAAUGGUCCAAGACGAUAUAAAGAAUAAGGGACUGCUUAUGAAUUACAAAUAAAAGGCAGAAGAAUGAAUGAUGUGACACAUCGAAGCACGGGGAGGGGGGGGAGGCUGCUCUGGGUUUGACGUCUCUGGAAAGCAUACAGCUUUUAUGUAUAGACUUCAAUCGCGCAAGUUGAUAAAAUCCACGUGUUCAUGGUUUCUACGUAGCGUUGGACAUCAUUUUACUUGAGUGAUCACCAGUCUCGAGAAUUCAAAGCUGAGUAUGGAGUCUUUUAUGUUAUAUCAAGCUCGAAAUCAUGUCGAAGCCCGCAAAUUGGCCGCACACUUCGUAGCCUCGCAAUAUCGGCAACGGUUCUCGUAUAAUUCGUUUUAUGGAUCUGAACAAUAUAUUAGUAGUAAUUUGACUCUCAUGUUGGGAG